AUGUUUUGGGACGAAGUCAACUACAAGCAAACCAGCGGUGCUCGUGCUGUGGAAGUUCAUCCAAAUCAGCCUGACAAAUUGACCUAUCGCUCAGCGACGAGUGCUACAAUGGCGAUUUCUCAUGUGUGGAGUCACGGGCAAGGUGGACGGCCGGAGCCGCUCGAAGAGAAUGGAACGGGCUUCAAUCGGUGUCUUCAUGAACGUUAUUCACAGCUGGCGUCUACCUUCGCGUGCGAAACUUACUGGAUGGAUACACCUUGCAUUCCCCAUGACCGCAAUCUCCGCCGGGAAGCUAUCGGACACAUCAACGAGAUCUUUGCAAUGGCAAAAGUGACGCUUGUGUGUGAUCGAGAUAUCAUGUCAAUCGACAUAGACCCAAGCGGUGACACCCAAGGAGGCAAGGAGAUCGCGAUCGAUGACAUUCCUAUGGCAAUCCAGGAAACGGUAUUGACCACAUUGCUGGUGUGCGACUGGAAUCUGCGAGCCUUGACAUUCCUCGAAGCUAUGCGGGGCAGUCGCAACAUUUGUCUCCUGUGCAAAAAGGACAAUGUCGUCUUACUUAGAGAUGUUAUCAAUAAUGUCCAUCAUAACGGAUGCAUCGAUAUAUCAACGCUUUUCGUGAACGCAUUGCACCUGCUACCGGCAACAGAUAUCAAAUGGUGGAGCAAAGUUGCUCCAGCAGCCGCAAAAGCUGCAGGCUUCUUGGAGUCUGUUGACUUAGUGAAUGCAACAUAUCUUCUAAGUCAUCGUUAUACUUCCAAACCACGCGAUGAGAUAGUGAUCUGGAGUCUGUUGUGUGGCAAGAAGCCCUAUGACAAUGCCAUUGAUCUCUGGUCAGCGCAUCUUGGCGGCUGA